AUGCCUGCCUUCCCGUUCGCCGAUCUCCCUACGGAGAUGCGCAAAAAAAUUGUGCUCCACGCGCUCCCCUCAGUCACCGUACCAUUUCGGUACUCAUAUAGCAGUAUCGCAUGGGUCCAUGACAACUACGAGGAACGAACCUUUAAGGCACUUCAAGAGACAAACAACGACAUCGCUUCGCUCGCAGAUCAAGUGCGCUGCUUGAAGGCUGUGGGCUGCGAUGGGGGUGUCGUCAUGUCUAGCAUCCGUGGCGUGCCCUUCCGUAUCGACCCCCUUCACGAUACUCUCCAGGUUGUCGACAUGCGACUGCCUGCACUUCGGCCUUCUAUGUCCUGGGAUCCACGAGCUACCCAAGGUUACCAUCGUCAUGCCUUGCCCGUCGAGAAUGUGCUGAGUGUAUCUCGCGCUGUCUCGCUCCGCCGAGGAGAAGCUCCUCCGGAAACUGACGGCCAGAGCGACGGUUCCGGCCAUGGGUCAAACCAGGGUGGGCCGUCUGACGCUCCGCCAGAGACAUACUUUGAGAUGUCGAUGGAGAACGAUAUUCCAAUUUUCUCCCGCCUACCAAAAAUCAAGAAACUCUCUCUGAUCAUCGAGAACGUUGGCCGAGAAUGGAACAUCGAAGGGUUCCAAAUGUUUGGACCUGACGUAGUUGGACCCCGGUUUCACGGCAACGAUUGGGGCAUAGCACGCGCCGGCGAACACUCAGUGGCCGCCCAAGACCACUUUAUCAACCGUGGAAUCCGGGCAGACUCCAGAACUCCAUGGAGAUUUGUGAAUGGCUGGGAUUACCUCAGCCAUCCAGAGGAUGUCUCACCAUUCUCACCCGGAGACGCGCGCUUCUCCCCACCAAACAUCGGCUUUUACGGGUACAGCCGUGGCAACGUGUCCCUUGGGGGACAGUGGGCCGGCUUCCGGCUUUGGGUCGCGGAGAACAAAGUUGAGUUCAGCCCGCUCUCUUGGUGGGAGGUUGAGCCUCUAAUUAGAGAAUACUACUCCAUCGAAGAACGCGGUUACUAUACAUGCCACCCCGGCUUCGUUGCGCGCGUGUGGGUGAUCCGGUCCGAAAAGGAUCUCGAGGAAACCAAGCGACCUCACCAUCAUUGGAUGGAGGUGCGUGAGGCGGAGAUUGGGGAUCCCGCAUAUAUUGAACAGAUUUGCACCACCUGGAAGAUGGUGCGUGGCAUGCUUUCUCGCGUUCGCGGCGCGGUAAGCGUCGAGGAAGAGAAUGAAUCGAACCUAGCUGAAGGUUACUACUCUCUACAAAUGGAACCCGUGGAGUAG